AUGGACACUCCUGAUCACAAACAAACCAUGAACAAAUGCAUCGCGUUCGUUCGAAACUACCUGACAAUGGGGUACGGCGCCGCCUUCGCUGACGGGCUGCUCAACGAUCUCACAUUGACCACCGAGUCCAGCCAGCGCAAUCGUCAGAUCCGACACGGAGAGCGAGUCUUCGAAUCGGACCCGCGAUCCACGCCUCGCGACGCUUCAACCGGCACAAAACGCCACAGGGUAGCGGAUAUCAUCAGCAUGCACCAGAAUGUGCACGAUGAUGUUCAUUCUGCAGUGCGACAACGGUGCGAGGUCGUGGAUCCCGCCACGACGCCACGACUCGCACAUAAGUCUGGCCAUCGCCGCAAGACACCGCUUCUCUUUGUGAGGAAGCAGAAAGCUCCUAAGCGGCGGAUGUCCCAACAAUGUAUGCGAUGUGGCGUCACAUGCUUCAAAAGCUUGAGGCCCACCCCAGAAGACACGCUGCCUUGGCGCGAACAACUGGUAAAUCGCCAAACACUCACCCCCUGCCACAAUAGGCUGACCUGGGUCCAACAGAACGCCGCACAAGCACAGGCUGUCCUUCAGAAUGUGGCGACAUGGAUGCCGCCACAAUCCCAUAGCUACCGGCAGCCUCUUGAAGACCGAAUGAACAUUCCCGAUGCCAUGUUCAUAUCGGAAAGGGACGAAGAGAUGGCAGAUAACUUCGCCCCAGAUGCAAGCUCAUCUGUCCACUAUACCCCGGCCAUGAGCGCCGACUACUCUGCUCAACGCACGCCCGAGCCCUUCCCCAUGCCAGACGUCCACCAGUCUACAGUCGCGAGCACCAGCAUGGUCCCGCAAGUAGCCAUCGCGGCCGAACCCGUCGACCUCCUGAUGCAUGAAGCAGCAACUGUCGAUCUAACGCAGGAAAGCGCAUUCGACCUGUCAUCGAUCAAUGGGCUUGACGUCCAGAUGCCCGCCUUGUCAUCGGCACUGACUCUUGCGAUCGAAGACGACCAUGCGAUGGAGGAGCCGACUGGACAUGAGAUUGCCGACGAACUAGAAAAUGCCAGUGAAAUGGCGCUCGGAGAGACAAUGAGAGACAGCGAGGACGAGGAACAGGCCAACGUCGACAUCAGCGCAGCCAGCGCCGAUGUACGCGCUGAUGUACCGAUAAUAGAAUAUGUACGAGAGGAGGAUGUCCAAGACAUAAUCCUCAAAGCCGUCGAAGAUGCUAAACGCAUCCAGGACGCCCUACGCACCUACCUUGCCCCCUCCGUCGACGAGAUCGACGACCAGUUGGACGUCGGGCUGCCGCCCCUCGGAUUCACUGAUCUGGGGCUUAUGCCCAUGGUUAUGCCCUUUGAACUUGACGACUACGAGGACAUAUUGGCACCACCACCCACGUACGCGCCAGGUGUAUCGGCUCUCGUGGACAGGUCGAAGCCACUCAAGACAAGGGCAUCCAGGUUCGCCAAUACGCCAUACCAGACACGUUCGAUCGCACAUGCAUCACAGUCCGUGUCGAUCGCAUCUACAUUAUUGGACACCGAGACGGGCGAGUCAGGCCCUUCGUCGGCAUCCUUCAAUGCCUGGGGCGACAGGAACGAGGGGUGGUUGGGAGGCGCUAGCACACAGCUAGAGGCGGCACAGGGGAGCGAGGAGCGACGGGCAGCUAGGACGCAGGAACUAGCAGAGCAGCAGAAGGCUAGGAAGUUCGCCAACCUUAGAGGUCGGAAGACGGCAUGGGAAGUGACAGAGGAUGCUGAUAGGCAGGAUGCUGAGAAACGGGAGGCUGAGAGACGGAAGGCUGAGACGGCGAUGCGCGCAAUGGAGCAACCGAUUGUAGAACUGCACAGGCCCACAUCCUCAGCGGCCUCACAUAGCCAAGCCCCGAGGUCGCUUUCAUCCGUCCCUGGCCCCAGUGCCAUGACAGCCGAGGAGAUGGCCCACCAGACGCCAGACGACCUAGAUGAUGGCGCAGCCAGCGGGCCCUCGGUGGACGACCUGUGCAGCCAGUUCGAACAGCUGUAG